AUGGGGACCUUCUCGGUGCCUCCCGGCGCUGUGUCCCCAGCCUGGGUGUACCCAGGAGGAGGAUGGCCAUUCCCCCCUAGCCUUGUGGGCACCGCCAUCCCCCCUGACCUGUGCCCUCUGUCCCUUCCCCAGCUGGAGGAGGAACAGCAGGGCCUGCAGAAGAAGCUGAAGGGCACGGAGGAUGAGGUGGAGAAGUACUCCGAGUCCGUCAAGGAGGCCCAGGAGAAGCUGGAGCAGGCGGAGAAGAAAGCUACAGACGUACGUAGAGGCAUGAAGGUCAUCGAAAACAGGGCCAUGAAGGAUGAGGAGAAGAUGGAGCUCCAGGAAAUGCAGCUGAAGGAGGCGAAGCACAUAGCGGAGGAGGCUGACCGCAAAUACGAGGAGGUCGCCCGCAAGCUGGUCGUCCUUGAGGGAGAACUGGAGCGCUCGGAGGAGAGGGCAGAGGUGGCGGAGAGCCGAGUGAGACAGUUGGAAGAAGAGCUGCGGACCAUGGACCAGACCCUCAAAUCCCUCAUUGCCUCAGAGGAAGAGUAUUCCACCAAGGAGGACAAGUAUGAGGAGGAAAUCAAGCUUCUAGGGGAAAAACUAAAGGAGGCUGAGACCCGAGCGGAGUUUGCAGAGAGGUCUGUGGCAAAGCUGGAGAAAACCAUCGACGAUCUAGAAGAGAGUCUGGCCAGUGCCAAAGAGGAGAACGUGGGCAUCCACCAGGUUCUGGACCAGACCUUGUUGGAGCUGAACAACCUCUGAGCUGCCCUGGGGAGCCCCCGUCCCUCUUCCCUACCCCACACGUGCACCCCACUGGCAUGCUCAGGAUGUCAUCAGCUGAACUGCAUCUUGGCCAAAUCCACACAUUCAUUGAGAAGGGAAGCCCUGUAGCCUUACACCGUGGCUCGGGGGCCUUAUCUGUGCACAGCCUGACUGGCUCUGUCCUGUCUUCAUGUCCAAAUAUUAAAGCAGUUUGACAAGA